ACUCUCGGGCUUCUGUCGUGGCUUCUCCAAACCUUUCAAAACUCUCAAGAACCAGUUAAGACUUUUAAGCCACACAGUCAGCCACCCAUGGGACACGGUGAUCAAGGCUGCAAUGAGGAAGUACCCGAACCCCAUGAACCCCAGUGUGGUGGGCGUGGACGUCCUGGAGCGUGGUGUAGAUGGCCGUGGGCGGCUGCACAGCCUGCGCCUGCUGAGCACCGAGUGGGGGCUGCCUGGCCUGGUCACUGCGAUUUUGGGGACCAGUAGGACCUUGACGUACAUCAGGGAGCGCUCUGUGGUGGACCCUGUGGAGAAGAAAAUGGAGCUUUGUUCCACCAAUAUCACACUGAGGAACUUGGUGUCAGUGAACGAGAGGCUGGUGUACACGCCGCACCCGGAGCAUCCUGAGAAGACGGUGCUCACGCAGGAGGCUGUCAUCUCCGUGGAGGGCACAGGCCUUGGCCGCUACCUGGAGAGUCUCAUGGCCAGCACUAUCUCGUCCAACGCCAAGAAGGGCUGGGCGGCCAUUGAGUGGAUCAUCGAGCACUCGGAGAGCGCCGUGAGCUAAAGGCCGUGUCUUGGUCCCUGGGACAUAUGGCCUGAUCCUCCCUGACAGUCGAAGAAGGUGGGCAAGAGGCGGGUGUGGAGUGGAAAAGCCUGAAGAGGCUGCAGUGCUGGUGCCAUCUGGGAGAGGAGGAGCCUGCAGACCCCAGGACCUUGGCUCCGAGCCCCUGCCCAGGCCUGCUGUGAGGACUGUAGGGGCACCCCCAGGGUAGCGCCUGGCCCCAGGGCCCCACUGGCCCUUCCUCCCCACAGGAGGGCCCAGGCACAGGUUGGGUGGAGCCCACAUAAUAGGCAGUGCCUGCUGCGUGUGAACCAGGUGCUGGAAACCUGCUGCCCCUGGGGCCGCUUAGCCCUGGGCCUUCUGGUCUGUGCUGUAAGCAGCUCUCCUCCCCCAUGGGGAAAGGGCCUCGCACUCGCUGGGCACGGGGCCGACCCUGCAGCAUUUUGCACGAGCCAGGGCCUGUGGUAUCUGAAGAGCAGGGCCUUCGCCCCCACAUUUGUGCCUCCCAUUGGAUGGGUGCAGACCUGAAGGGGGCCUCAUGUUGGGGUCUCCCAGAGCCCAUCCAGAUCUGUGCUUCAGCCCAGCAUGCUGUGUCCCCAGCACAAAGGGGGCUGUAGAUGAAAUCUUGCAGGAGCAGCUGGAGCAGACGGGAGGCGCUGGCCCAGGGCCUGGCCUCUCGGGAGAGCUUAGCCAGAGCGUCCAGGUCCCGUGGAGCUUGCGGUCACAUAAAGGGCAGCACAGCUUUCUGUGAGUGGCUUUCUUUGCCUGCUUCUGGUCAGUGCUGCUCUGGCUCCCAAAUACUACCUGAGUUCCUGAGAUCUGGCCCCCUUGCUGCUGGUCUUCGUGGGUGCUGGCCUCCCAGAGUGGCUGCUGCCGUGACCUUGCCUG